UGAAAUCCUUCUGCUAAGGACAUGUGAGAAGAGUAGAAACGUGCUCUUUGGAGAUCAUUGUCCUGGUUGACACCCAGGAGAUUUCCAGGGACCUAUUUCAGCCUCACUUCUGUACUUCAUCAUGAAAAGGAGGAAGCCCAAAUUGGAGUGAGUUACAAACCUUGUCUCCAACGCAGAAGAGCGGCUGGGCCCCAGCUGGAGCACAAUGAAGAAGAACAGAAGAAAGUCAGUCGAUGAGCCCAGCCCAGGACAUCUUAAGAACAUGCUGGAGGAAGGCGAGUACAGCCCUUUUGUGACUCCGCCCAUGCUGGAGAGCAAUUUCAUUCAGGUCAACAGGAGAGGAGAAUCCAUUUACCUCCAUAACCGAGCCAACUGGGUGACUGUGGGCAUCUGUUCUUCCAGUUCUGCCCACAAGAUCCCCAGCGUGAUGCUGCUGGCCCAUCUGAAACCCACGGCGCGAACACACGGAGAACAGUUGUUCGAAAGCCUCCUGACAACUCCUUCUUCUGAGAAGCUGGUGCUCACCAGGUUUCUCCCUCUGCAGUUUGUCACUCUUUCUGUUCAUGACGCCGAAAGUAUGCGCCUCAAGGUGAAGCUGGUCAGCGGCAGAGCCUACUACCUGCAGCUGUGCGGCCCUGCGAAUAAGCAAGAUGGCCUAUUUGCUCAAUGGAAGGACCUCAUUGGCCUCCUACAUCAGGAGAAAGCCAGAGCCUCCAAAGUGUCACGAGGGUCAAACCUGUCAGAACUCACAAACAACACUGAAGUCCCAAGUUCCAUGGACAUCAUGGCCGUCACAGCCUUCGCAGAUACGCAGACCCCCGCCACGCACCUCGGCGCAGACCCCGUCCAGGUGGCGGAAAGCAUGAAUUUCUCAGAGAUCACCGAUGUUACGGACAUUACAGAUGUCACAGACAUUCCAGAAAAUGAGGUCACAGAAUUCCCCGAUAUAAAAAUUGUCACGGAAGUCACAGAAGUCAUAGAAGCCCUAGAAGUCACCGAAGUCAAAAGUAGUUCUGAUGCCACAAAUUUCUCAGGGGUCACUGUGGUGUUUGAAAAUGAUGACAUAAGAAGGGCCAAGCAAGAGGAAAAGGAAAAAGGAGAUGUUCUGAAGCCUGGAUGCCUGCGAGAUACAAGAAGCAAAACUGAGUUCAAAGAAUCCUCGAAACGUGUCACCAUCUCAAACAUAACCCUGACGUUCGAAGGGGAAAGAUGUUUUCAGACCCUCUUGACCCCAAUACAAAGCGAGGCGACGCUACCCAAAGAGAUGAGCGAGGCGGCCUCUGAAGACAAGAAGGCUGAUUCCAGAAACGCGGCUCUCAAAACUGUGGAAUCCAGGAGCGUGAGGACUGAGUCAGACACUUCAGGCUUGAAUAGUUUUUCAGUUUUCCCCUUGAUUAGCAUUUCUUUCCCCCACUUCACCCUCCUCUGAAUCACAUUCACCCCUCUCACGCACUCUUAUUAACCCAUAAUGCUCUUCACACACUGAAAAACAAAGAUUAGCCAAGCCUUAACCCCUCAUCUCAUUAAAUUUAAUCUAAGCAUAGACUAAAAAUGAGUCUGUAAUUCCAAAGGUAGAAGCCAAACUGCUCCCCAGCUGAUAAAAAACAAAUUCCUGGCACCUUAAGCUCCUCGGAUCAGCAUUCACCCAGGUCCUGGGCUGUGCUAGUUGGGAGCCUGAACUAUAAAUGUGUUUAUUUCACCUCUCAGCAGCUUGAAUUAUAUCCUCUUUCUGUGGAAGGUUCUGGAAUCGUGGCACUUCAAACAGUUUUUAUGGCCAGCCAGUGAACCCCUGGCAGGUCCCAGCCUGAGCUUCUCUCUCUAAAUCUGAGUUCAUCUAUCUUUUUUGACUUUUAAUUUCUUACCUCUCGAGGCUUUAUUCUCCUUAUUUUUUCUACUUCCUCAUAGGGAGCACAAGGGAUAGGCUGAUCUAUGAUACUAUCGUGUUUUUCCAAGAUGAAAAGAAAUGGUACAAAAAGGAUAAAGAUUUGGCGGGGGAGAAAAUUACUUCUGAAAUGUUGAGCAUUUGCUUCUUGCCCUUACCUUUCUUUUCCACUUUCCUCUUAAAUAUUAUAAAUCAAAUUCCUUAGACUCCUAAGCAGCCAGGUUCACUCUCUGUUUAUGAAACUGAGGCUAAAAAGAAAGAGAGGGAGGCCCCUGAAAGGAAAUAAGUUUGUUAACUAACAGUGAGUGCUGCUGGAAAAGAUAAAAAUGUUUUUGAUGACGUAGUUGGAACAUAAUUUGAAUUUAAGACCCAAAUUAAGUUCUUUGUCCUGUGCCUUUUUCUUUCCUCUUUGCGCCCCGCUCUCUUUCUCAUUUCCUCUCUCCCUGCCCCUACCGACCUCACUUCAUCCUCUCCUUUCCCCUUUUGCCCUCCUCUCUGCUCAUAUAAAAUUCUCUUCUAUUUCCUGAACCUUCUGCCUCAUCUGUCUCCUCCUUUCUCAGGGGAAAGAAUGUGAGGAAAGGAAAGGAAAACAGGAAAAGACAAAAAAAAAAAAAAAAAAUCAGUGGAAAGACAUGUAAGACAACGUAA